AAAAAAGAUAAACUCUAUAAGCAGUUCAUUAAUUCUAGGGACUCAACUACUGAGUUAAAAUACAAACGCUAUCGGAACAAACUGAAUCAUCUUAUAAAAAUUGCUAAACGAAAGUACUAUGAUACAAAAUUUGAGAAGGCUAAAAAUAACCUGAAAGAAACUUGGAAACUAAUCAAUGAUGUAAUCAACAAACCGAGCAGAAAAGCAGCUCUGCCAAAUUCCUUUUUCUCUGAUGGAAAACUGUUAAAUGAUCCACAAGAAAUAGCUAACUGCUUUUGUAAGUUCUUCACCAACAUAGGUCCGAAUUUAGCAAGGAAAAUUCCAGACACACAAGUAUCUUUUCGUAGUUUUCUUGGCGCUUCUGUUAAUGAGUCGCUUAUCUUAAAUCCAACUAAUAUUUCGGAACUAAAUCAAAUAUGCAACUCUUUUAAAUCUGGAAAGUCGCCUGGAUAUGAUAACGUUUCAAUGGAUAUAAUAAAAAGCACCUUUGAUCUCAUUUCUCAGCCUUUGGCCAAUGUAAUCAAUUUGUCUCUUAUUAAAGGAGUAUUUCCUGAUGAACUGAAAAUUGCUAAACUGAUUCCGGUAUUUAAAGCUGGUGAUUCCCAGUAUUUCACUAACUACCGUCCAAUUUCGCUUCUUUCUAAUUUUUCUAAAUUCUUUGAAAGAGUUAUGCACAAUCGUAUUACAAAAUUUUUAGAUCGUUUAGAUAUCUUAUACUGUUGCCAAUUUGGAUUUCGUAAAAAAUAUUCUACAGCGCUGUCUUUAAUUCAUCUUAUUAAUAAAAUUGCAACUGCUAUUGACAGAAGCGAAUAUACAGUUGGCAUAUUCUUAGACUUAUCAAAAGCAUUUGAUACUUUAGACCAUCAAAUACUCUUGUCUAAGCUUGAGCAUUAUGGGAUUCAUGGGCUAGCACUUAGCUGGUUGAAAAGCUAUUUGUCAAAUCGCGUGCAGUUUGUCCAGUACAAAGAGACUUGUUCUAUUAGGCUGACUCUGAGCUGUGGAGUCCCUCAAGGUUCUAUAUUAGGUCCAUUAUUGUUUGUUUUGUAUAUCAAUGACCUCCCUUGUGCUACUCGUCUUGCUGAAACUAUGCUUUUUGCAGAUGAUACUAGUGUGUUUUAUUCUAAUCCCGAUUUAAAUUGUGCUAUUUCUGCCGUAAAUAAUGAUUUAUCUCAAAUUGAUCUUUUUAUGAAAGCAAAUAAGCUCUCUGUUAACAUAACGAAAACUAAUUAUAUCAUUUUUGCAGCAAGGCAAAAACCAGUCGGCUUCCCAAUAAAUCCUGUCUUGUACGAUGAGGUUUUAUUAAAACAAGUAAAGGUAGUUAAAUUUUAGGGGUUUUUAUCGACGAGCAUCUAACGUGGAAGCCGCAUAUUACUUAUAUAUGUAAGAAAAUUUCAAAAUCUAUUGGCGUCAUGUUUAGGUCUCGUUUCUUUCUUUCUGAAACAACAAAAAAGUCUCUUUAUUAUACCUUAAUUUAUCCUUAUUUAACAUAUUGUACCACAGUUUGGUCCUCCACUUAUGUAACAAACCUUAAUAGAAUUUUUCUUCUACAAAAAGCGAGCAGUACGAAUUAUUACAAAUGCAGAUUUUCGCGCACUCUGAACCAUUAUUUUUCCGUUUAA